AUGUACGCGUCCAAUUCAAUGAUGAUCUUCACUUUUUCCUUUGCUUCUCUUCCUCUAUCACCUACCGGCCGGACUCUUCAAAAACAUGCCCAGAGGAAUACCAAAUGUAAAACGUGAUGAUACAGGCCUCCGCUAUACCUCCUUCAACGUCCCGCUACCACCCAAUCCAAAACAUUUGGGCACGACCUACCUGAAGUCGGAUACACAGACAGUUUGGUAUAGAAAUUCGAUUCGAAAGAGCAUAGCACCGUCAGAGGAUACCAACAAGGAUAGGCGUGGUACCGCUGUCCUUGUCAUACAUCCAGGAUCCCGCUUUCUCCGUGUUGGCCGCGCGUCAGAUGUCACACCCAUCGCAGUACCAAAUGUCAUAGCGCGCAGGACGACGCCGACACCAGCACCUGUCUUUGUGGAGGGUAUUUCGAGACCACGAAAGGGCAGACAUGGGACGUCAAGUGCAGCCAAUUCUCCUUCUGCUGAAGACGGUGGCUUAUCCGAAGACCCUUUUGAAGAGAAGCUGGCUGCCAUAACUGUUUCUCUUCGGGACAGGAUGAGGUUCUAUAAAUUGCGUGUUACACCUAAUGCCGCCAACCUUGCAUCCACCUUCAACACCGCAUUUCAGCCAGAGAUCAUCCCAGAACAUAAUGAUCCCUUUCAGGUGGAAUGGUUCGACGAAUCUUGCGGUGAGGAUGUUCUGGUCGGUGAGAAAGCCCUUCGAAUAGCAGAUCCUCAACAUGCGGGGUACUCGGUCAAAUGGCCUAUAUACGGUCCUAAUUUCAACACCCGUGAUUAUUCCUCUCUUCGAGUCCUUAUGGGAGACAUAGAAACGAUAUUACGCCAUACAUUGAGAGACAAACUCAAUAUAAAUCCUCGGGAUUACGGGAUGUUUUCUGUUAUUCUCAUUCUUCCGGAUUUUUACGAUCGAACGUAUGUCCGUGAGUGGGUGAACAUGCUGUUAGUCGGCAUGGGAUUCAAGCAACUAUGUGCUCAGCAAGAAUCCUUGGCAGCAACGUACGGUGCUGGAGUCUCCAACGCAUGCGUCGUCAACAUAGGCGCGAAAUCAACCUCGUUAGCGUGUGUUGACGAAGGUCUAGUCAUCGCCGAUAGUAGAAUGAACCUGAAUCUAGGCGGUGAUGACAUUACAGAGUUUCUUUUUGUGCUACUGGAAAGGAUUGGUUUCCCAUAUCGGGAUAUUGACCUUUCCCGGGCAUACGACUGGAACAUUAUGGAAGAUCUCAAGGCAAGACUCUGCACUCUGAACGAGAGUGUCGUCGCCCUGAAUCUUUACGACUUUGUCGUUCGGAGACCGGGGAAACCCACUGAAAAGUACGGCUUACGAGCAUACGACGAAAUUAUUCUCGCACCAAUGUGUCUUUUCGAACCUCGGGUCAUAGAGUUUGACCGGAAGCGCGUCGGAUUCCAAUUGAACGGCCAUCCAGAUGUCACAGAAGACGUGCUCGAAAUCCAAGGAGAAAACGUGACAUCAGCAAUGAUGAUCUCAACGCAACACCUCCUGCCAAGUCCGACAGCCGGAGCUGCUCCUAUCGAGCAAGACGCAACCAAGUCUGAGAGUAUUGAUGUGGCGUCGGUUCCUGCCCCUCAGGAUUCGGGAGCGGGAACGCCUGACAGCAUCAAAGACGCAAUGAAAGGAUCGAGUGGCAACCUACAGCAGCUGAUACCCCUUCCCGAUGCUCCGGAGCCGAUACCCCCAUCCUCCAGCCCAACGAAUGGCUAUGACAUUGACGUAUGCUUCGAGGCAAGUAAAUUGCCGCUGGAUGUGGCCAUUUUUAAUUCUGCGCGGGCAUCUGGCGGAGAUGAUAAGAUACGAAAGUAUCUUCAGGCCGUUCUCGUUAUCGGUGGGGGCGCUCUUGUUCCCGGAAUGGCACAUGCACUGGAAAGCAGACUUCAAGCGAUUGCAACACCGCUGGUGGUCAACAUGGAGAAGGUCCAGAUUCUUGCACCACCGAAGGAAGUUGAUCCUCGUGUGCUUGCAUGGAAGGGCGCCGCCGUACUUGGCAAAAUGGACGGAUCUUCAGAGCUUUGGGUAACACCUACAGAUUGGGACAUCUUAGGAAUGCGAGGGCUCAAAGAACGCUGUUUUUUUCUGUAAUUAAGGCUCUGUAUCGUACGGACACUAUUCAAU